AUGAAGCAUUUCAGAAAGAAGUCGAACUUGAGUAACGGUGAAACGGACUCACCAGAUGGCAAGCGUCAAUCUAGAGUGGAAGUCUCCAAAGAGGAUAUGGCCAGACUAAAGGUCCGUACUGCCUCUGUCCACGAUCCUAUCCUAGAUGCUGUCAACGAAGCACAACCUUUCGAGCAAGCUGCCGAUACAUUCCAUGAUAAUAUGAAUAGACAGUCCUAUUUCUCCAAUGACGGUACUAAUGUCCUUCGUGAUGUUUUUGGUCAGCCUAUUCAACAACCAGAUAUCUCGAAUCCAACAAGAGCUAGAGACGAAAGACCCCUAGAUACCAUUAGAAGUUUCGAAUAUGCUGUUUCCGGGGAUCCAGUAUGGGCACAACAACUAGAAACUCCACAAUAUGGGUUCAGAGUAAGACCCGACUUCCCAUCUUUUGGCUCCACUAACCCAUAUGGGAUGCAAGAUGGAGGAAACGGGAUGGCUGGCCAAUCAAACCAAAUGUAUGGUGAACAAGGGGUGUACCAAGCUCCAGUGGCACACACUACCGAUGAGAAAAAGAAGAAGAAAAAGAGAAAUUUCUUCGGUAGAAAGAAGAAGAAGAACGCUGACUGA